AUGGUGCGAUGCGACCGCGGGCUGCAGAUGCUGCUGACCACGGCCGGAGCCUUCGCCGCCUUCUCACUCAUGGCCAUCGCCAUCGGCACCGACUACUGGCUCUACUCCAGCGCGCACAUCUGCAACGGUACCAACCUGACCAUGGACGACGGGCCCCCGCCCCGCCGCGCGCGCGGCGACCUCACCCACUCGGGGCUGUGGCGGGUGUGCUGCAUCGAAGGGAUCUAUAAAGGGCACUGCUUCCGCAUCAAUCACUUCCCAGAGGACAACGACUACGACCACGACAGCUCCGAGUAUCUCCUUCGCAUCGUGCGAGCCUCCAGCGUCUUCCCCAUCCUCAGCACCAUCCUGCUGCUGCUGGGAGGGCUGUGCAUCGGCGCCGGCAGGAUCUACAGCCGCAAGAACAACAUCGUCCUCAGCGCUGGCAUCCUCUUCGUGGCCGCAGGCCUCAGUAACAUCAUAGGAAUCAUCGUCUACAUUUCCAGCAACACGGGCGACCCCAGCGACAAGCGGGACGAAGACAAGAAGAACCACUACAACUACGGCUGGUCUUUCUACUUCGGAGCUUUGUCAUUCAUCGUGGCCGAGACCGUGGGCGUCCUGGCUGUAAACAUUUACAUUGAGAAAAAUAAAGAGCUGAGGUUUAAGACCAAACGGGAGUUCCUGAAAGCCUCGUCGUCAUCUCCGUAUGCCAGGAUGCCGAGCUACAGGUACCGGCGACGGCGCUCGCGGUCCAGCUCCAGGUCUGCAGAGGCUUCACCCUCCAGGGACACGUCCCCCGUGGGCCUGAAGGUUGCGGGGGCCAUCCCCAUGGGCGAGCUGUCCAUGUACACGCUGUCCCGGGAGCCCCUGAAGGUGACCACGGCCGCCAGCUACAGCCCGGACCAGGAGGCCAGCUUCCUGCAGGUGCAUGACUUCUUCCAGCAAGAUCUGAAAGAGGGCUUCCACGUGAGCAUGCUUAACCGGAGGACGACGCCUGUGUGA